UGGUAAUGAUCGAUGAUGAGUCCAAAGGUCGAUAUGUGUGUACAGGGGGUCCAAAAAGUUUCGCCCGAUUUUAUAUUGAUAACGAAUGCAGAUUUUUCUGACAUUCGCCGAGUUAUUACCGAAAAAUUUGCCACAAUCGAUGUCGAACUGUGCCAGUUAAAGGUUUGUCGCAGUGUUGCCAUCACGAUUGGUUUCUUGUGUCGAACACAAUUAACGGAGAACAAUUUGAGCCAUUCCGCUAGACCAAACAGAUGUCUCAGAAGAAGUUUUGCCUGGAGUACUGCGUUGCAGACUCUUGAGAAAAGAGCAGCAUAUUUUCAGCCUAAAGAUGGAUUGAUGUUACCUCCUGGUACUUUCAAGGAUAAAGUGGCCUUUAUAACAGGGGGUGCCACAGGCCUUGGGUAUGGCAUGGCCAGUGCACUUUCUCAGCUUGGAGCAGCAGUAGCUAUUGCCAGCAGGAGCAUGGAUCAACUACAGAAAUCAGCUAAAGAAAUAUCACAAAAUACUGGUGGACAGGUACUUCCUUUACGUGUAGAUGUGCGAAAAGCAGAUGAUGUGGCAGAAGCAGUUGACAAAUUAGUCUCACAGUUUGGACUGCCGGAUAUUGUUGUAAACAAUGCAGCUGGAAAUUUUAUCUCCCCUACAGAAAGGUUGUCUCCAAAUGCCUUUGCUGCUGUGAUUGGCAUUGUUUUGCAAGGCACAGCCAAUGUGACACUAGACAUUGGAAAACGUUUAAUUAAGGAGAAAAAAGGUGCUACUUUCUUGGCCAUAUCAGCUGACUAUGCACACUCUGGCUCAGGCUUUGUUGUCCCAAGUGCCUGUAGCAAGGCAGGAGUUGAGGCUCUUACCAGGUCAUUAGCCUUUGAGUGGGCCCAGUAUGGCAUGAGAUUUAACUGCAUCUCACCUGGUCCAAUAGAGACUAAAGGAGCCUUCAGCAGGCUGGACCCAACAGGUCAGUUCAUGGACAAAUUCAUAAAACGAAUUCCUGCUGGUCGCAUUGGUGAAGUGAAUGAACUGGUCAACCUUGCUAUCUACCUGAUGAGUGACUACUCAAAUUGGAUCAAUGGACAGGUGAAAAAUAAGACCAAAACAACAUGCAUAUCUGUCCUCUUCACAGACCAUGUCAACAUUAACAAGCAAUUUUACUCUGUCAUAUCCUCUCUUUCUCGCACAUAUAUAUACAUUGUGAAUGUCACUACCAAGUGCGAUAAGCAUGAUUCAUGUAUAAGCAUACUGCAUGCAUUUGAAAUGCACACAUGCUCUGAUUAUAAGACACUGCAUUCUAGUCUGAAAAGUCUGCCUUCAUCCAGUAUUAGUUUAUUCCUCUUAUUUCCCUUUCAUCUCUCUCAUAUCAGUUUCUAAAUUUUCACUUAAAUCAAAAUAUUUGUUGGGUAAAGCACAUAAUAUUUUAGUUCAUUUUUACUGUUUAAAAAAUUAUCGAAAUAUUUUAAAUCUACCUUUUUGCUACAUCACAGGUGAUAAGACUGAAUGGUGGAGAGUAUCCGAGUGGUGCUGGCAUGUUUAACCAAUUAGUACAAGUCACGAAUGAGCAGUGGGAUGCCCUGGAGUCUAUGAUACGGUCCACAAAGGGCUCUUGAUGCCAUAGGAUAUUACAUUUUCAGAAAUCAACAAAAUAUAUCAGUUGCUUGUAUUUCUUGAUAUACCUUACAGCUGGGGUGCCCAACCAACCCUCAAAAGUGCUUCGUUUGGCCAGCUCGUUUUAACCAGGCACACAAUAGUAUCAUUUUUAAUGUCAUGAUUCUGGCAAAAACCGUCAUGUUCUGGCCCGCAAGAUUUUAUAUCAUUUCCACUGCAGCCCUUAGGCAAGAAAAGGUUGGGCACCACUGUCUUACAGCAUUCUCAUGAACUUGCACUCUCCUUUUCUUUAUCCCUCUCUCUUUAUCAUAUUCACACAAAAACGCAUAUUGAUGUUGCUAAAGUAUUAAUGAAGCUAAAACUGAAACUAAGAAUUAUAAACACCUAUUUAUAGUAGUUUUUACCCAAAGGAGGAACAUUUAGUAAUUUUAUAAUUUAUAUCAGAAUAAAAAUAUUCGAAGCUUUAAA